GCGAAAGCUGGGUGGAAGAUUAGCGGGGAAAUCCAAAAGCUAGUCAAAGAGGGAAAAAAAGGAAAGUUCCAAAGCAAACAAAUCAAAUCGCUCCUCGAAGCACACUCUCUUCCCACUUUUUCUCUCCUCCGGCAGUCGUCACUUUCUCGCAAUCGUCCGUCCGCCAUAGCUGCUGGUCCCGCUCUCCAAGCUCCAAAUCCUGCCAAAAGAUAAUCUCAAAAGCGGUACCAGAAAGAUAGACGACGACGACGACCGAAACCAAGACAGUGCCUGCUUCCUCUCUCGUCCUUUUCCUUUCUCCUGUCGCCAUCGCUGCAGUUAGUUACUGCUUCAGUAAUCGUCGUCUCCGUCUCACAGCGAUAUCGCCUGGUACCUCGCAAUAAUUAGUGAGUGUCCACUUAGCUCUCUUUCUCCCUCUCUCUCUCUCUCUCCCGCGCGCCAUGGAGCGGCAUUAAUGGCGGCCUUAUCCGCAUUCGUUCCGUGAGCUUCUGACAUUCUUCGGUUGAAUUGAAUUGCUCGGUUGCAUUUUAACUGCAUCAACGAUCUGCCAGUAAUUUCCAUAUUAUCGUGCUCUGGCUCUUUCGAGAUUUGGAUUGCUUGUCGUUGUGCUGCUAGGUUCGCCGAACUUGCUUGAAUUGAAUUGAAUUGUCUUGUCGGAGUCGGAAUGGCGGAUUCUGAUUCGGUGCUGGUUCUACUUUCAGCGAGUAGAGAGGUCUAGGGGGGAGAGUUGGUAAAGUGGUGGCGUGCAAUUGCGAUUGUAGGGGACGGUUAGGGUUUGGAUGUGGUGGAAAUGCAGGCGAGAAUGAAGAAGCACCGGGAAUUGAGUCCGGAGCGAGCCAAAGUGUGGACGGAAAGGUCGCCUAAGUACCACCAGCAUCGCAAGGUCCCCGUGGUUUAUUAUCUCUGCCGGAACCGCCAGCUCGAGCAUCCUCAUUUCAUUGAAGUCCCUCUCUCUUCGCCCGACGGUCUCUACCUCAGAGAUGUGAUUGAGAAGCUUAACGUGCUGAGAGGGAGAGGAAUGGCUUCCAUGUACUCGUGGUCCAGCAAGAGGUGACUAAAUUGUCCUAGUUAGAUCUUUCUCCUUCGGCUCAAAUUUUUCUUUAUUCUUGGACUGUUUGGUUACGGGAAAAUAGGAAGUCUAUAGGCAUGAAAAGAGAUUAGAGUCUAUGAUUGGUUCCUUAUUCUGUUGCAGAAGCUACAAAAGUGGAUUUGUUUGGCAUGACCUUUCUGAGGACGACCUGAUUGUUCCUGCACAUGGAAAUGAGUACGUUCUCAAAGGUUCUGAACUAUUUGAAGAUUCCAAUCCAGACCGUUCUGCCAUUGUUGGAGCGAUGAAGAUUCGGAAUAAUCUGAAACAAUUGCCAGAACCACCUUCUUCCAGAAGUCAAGACGACUCUUCAUCUUCAUCGAGCAUGUAUGGGAAGGAAACAAAGCUCUCUCAGGAGGACGAGCUUUCCCCUCCAAGACCACGUCGUGCUGGUUCCUCUAGCAUAUCUCCAGAGUCCAGAGAUGGAAAUAAUUCUACUUGGAGUGGUUCCCUCGGGUUGACAGAAUACAAGGUCUACAAAAGCGAAGGGGUUGCACAUGCUUCAACUCAGACAGAAGAGAAUCAUGUUAGCGGACCUAAAGCCAGAGAGACUUGCACUCGAGGCGUUUCCACUGACGAUUGUUCAUUAGAACGUGAGUGCAAUGUUGAUUCGCAGAGGCGGAUCCCUCGUGUGAAGAAGGAUUGCUCUGAGACUGGUGAGAAUUCGGUUUCUUCUCCACCACCAUCAUCUACUUCCAGUGGUGCAUCUUCAUCCGGUGGCAAAACCGAAACGUUGGAGUCCUUGAUUAGAGCUGAUGGUGAUAAGAUCAACAGCUUUAGGAUACUGGAAGGGGAGGAUGUUCGGAUGUCAACCAAUCCGAGAUUAAAGGCCACAAAUGUAUUAAUGCAGUUGAUCUCUUGUGGAUCUAUCUCAGUGAAAGAUCACAGCUUUGGACUCAUCCCAACUUACAAGCCGAAAUUUUCCCAUUCAAAAUAUGCCUCUCCAUUGUUUUCUAGGUCAAUCAUGUUUGGGGAGCUCGAUUGCCUCUCGGAGAACCCUAGGCUAAUGAGCUUGAGAUUGGAAGAUAAAGAGUACUUCAGUGGGAGCUUGAUUGAGACAAACUUGCCCAAGGAGGAAGGCGCACUUCCGUCCCUGAAACGCUCUUCCUCUUACAAUGCAGACAGGACCUCUAAGCAACUGGAUCAGAGCGAGGAUGGAGAAGAAUCAGCCUCCGGAGUAGGUUCUAAGUGCAUUCCUUUAGCAAUGAAGGCCUCCUCGAGCAAGCACCCUCGAUCUAGCUCAAUGCGUUCCCCUACUUCCGACAAGCCUCGAAACUCAGCUGACGGCUCAGUAGCCCUCGAUACCCCUCACGGUUGCAGUAAAAGAAUCGUCAUGGAGCACGACUCCGGCAGAAAACAGCCCCAAAAGCUGGAAUCUUUUAGGGAAGAAGAGAACAACAACGACGACGACGUGAUCCAGAUCGAAGAAAGUUGAACCAAUUAAUGAAAACAGGCUUGCUUCAGGAGCUCGGGUUAUAAUCCAGUCCCAAGCAUUACCAUGUCAAGCUACUGCUUGCGGUUCGUAGCAGACAGAUGAGUACCAAGAAAGGCCUCCAUUUGGGGAAGAAGUCAGCGUAUGUGUAAAUUUGAAGCAUUUUCACUGCCUGAAACAUUUUUACGUGAUGGAUCGGCAAAAUGAAGUUUGUCCGUAUCAGCAAUAACGUAGUUGGUGCCUCUACCUGUGUCUAUGGGCCUCCCCUUCAUUGAGCCGACCUCGGUAGCCCAAUCGGCGACAGAAUAACGUUGUUUAUGGUCAUGGGCCGUCUCUUAAUGGACCUCUGCCUUGUUGUUUAGCCCACUGCCGUGUCA